AUGCCUGGUCACUUGGUUAAGGUUCUUGAAGGCAAGAAGCUGCUCGUCUUUGAGGAGAUGCUCGCUGCAAGUGGCUACGUUGACACCUCCAUCGCAUCUGAGAUCGGACGGGGGUUUGACCUCACCGGUCCCAUCCCCUCGUCUGGGGGUCUCUUCAAGCCUGUAGUUGAGCCAGCAACUAUGUCCAAGGAGUGUUUGCGUGCUGCUGCACCGGCAGUUCGCGCGGGCAUCUUGCAGGCGACCGCUCGCGCGUGCACAACCGAGCUUGCUCAAGAAGUCCAUGAUCUCACGCAAGACGAGGUGAAAAGGGGGUGGCUUGCCGGCCCCAUUCCCCUUGAGAGCUUGAGUGAGACCGCGUCCUUGAGCAGACGGUUUGGCGUCGUGCAAAGCUCUGGGGGCAAGCGCGAGGUCAGGCCGAUCGACAAUUUGAGCGAGUCGUUCAUCAACAGCACGGUGUCCCGGGUCGAGUCCAUCCAACCUCAUGGCCUCGAUGUUGUCUGCGCCGCCAUUGCAUACAGGCUCCGUGUGCGCGAGCGGGCCGGGAAAGCCACCGUGCCGAAGCUUAAGAUCAUCGACUUGCUUAAAGCCUACAAACAAUUGGGAAUCUCUUCGGAUGCUUUGCAAGAUGCCUUCCUCAGUGUGCCCAAUCCUGAGACAGGAUGGGCUCUUCUCUUGCUUCACUGGACUGUGUUUUAUGACGAUUCCAUUGCCGUCAAUGAAGCAUCGUCUGCUAAACAUUGCGAGCUCGUCUUGGGCAGUUUUUGGAGCCUGCUUGGUUGGUCGGUCGCGCUUGACAAAGAAACCGAGUUUGCUUACUUUGCGAGAGCUCUGGGAGUCAAAAUCUGCUUUCAAUCCGAGCGCAUGUUUGUGGUGGAAAACACUCAGGAGCGCAAGGACGAACUCAACGAGACGAUCUCCGACAUGCUCUCUGCUCAGUGGGUCGAUCAGCAUGCACUUGCCUCCUUGCGCGCCCGGCUGCAGUUUGUGGAAGGACAGAUCCACGGCCGUCGGUGCCACAAGCACAUGCGUGUGCUGUCGCUUCGAGCCGAGUUCAUCGGCGGCUCCGCAGUCGACGAUGACCUCUGCGACGCACUUCGGUUCCUCAGGGAUAGGGUUGUAGGAGCGCCACCACGUGUCAUCUCUGCACGGAGAGAGAACACUUGGUUUCUCUUCACAGACGCUUCUUACGAGGUCGAUGCAGAACACCCCUGUGGGAUUGGUGCUGUGCUCGUCGCAUCGGACGGCAAGCCCAUCAGGUGCUUCGGGCUUGAAUUUCGCAGCGAUCUUCUUGACCCCAUUAAGUUCUCUGAGAAUAACAGCCCGAUCUACUUUCUUGAAGGUUUAGCCGUAAUCGCGGCCCUCGAUUUGUGGUGCCCUUUACUUCAUGGCUCGGAAAUCGUGUGCUUUGUCGAUAAUGAAGCAGCCAAGUCUGCCUUCAUAGCGGCAAAAACCCCUUCUGUGCAGUUUGGCGCUCUACUGGAGUGGCUUGCGUGCUGGGAAGAAAGGCACAGCACGUUCCCGUGGUUCGAACGUGUAAGUAGUGCGGCCAACAUAGCAGACGGCCCGUCAAGGGACAGCUUUGACUUGUUGAAGGGUGUGCAACGUGACGACUGUGACUUAGUACGGAGUGCGACCCUCGUCAUUCCGUGCUUGUGCACUGCUGUACUCCUCGUUGCAGCCGAAGACACCUGA